GCGGGGAGUAUUUAUUAUGACGCAUUGAAGGCAUUCUGAGGUGGGCGGACCGUGGAGCUGUUGCUGCGACGCUGGGAGAUUCCAUAAAGUGUCAAAAAACAGACAACUAACAUCAUGGCUGAGUUGGACCUUAGCCUGAGCGACGCGCUAACGGACAGUGUUCCUCAGUUGGGCCAAGAGAGCCAGGUGAAUCAGGACUUUGUGGCUAAGCUGGAAGCGGAAACCUUUGUCGAUCAGGUGAAGGAAACGGUGGGAAAGACAGACUUUAUCCCCUUGUUGGACAACGAUGACAACACGGCAGAUGUGAGUGCUGGAUUGGAGAAUGGAGAGCAAAAGCCCAGUGUGUCCCAGCCUGGAGAUAGAGAGAAAACCAUGGAGGUGGGACCAUCCCCCCUCCAAGCAGGGAAGCCCCGAAGCAUAGCAAAGCCAACAGAUGUCCCCAAGGACUCCAGUCCAAUGCCUGAACCUUUUUGCAGCUCUCUGUCUCCAGGUCUCUUAGAUGACUCCUGGACAGACCAGACUGGUAUCCUAUCAACAGCCCCACCUUUCACUCCAAGUGUCUCAGUUGUGUACGAUAAACAAACUGACAAUCAUGCAGCAAGUUCAGAGGAGCCACCUGAUUCCUGGCCUAGUCAUGAAAGUGCUGUCUAUGGAGGGGGUGAGGAAAAGGAUGGUGCUGCAUCAGAUCGAAAACAGAAGAAGAAGAAGAAAAGGCGACAAAAAGAUGAGGGGUCUUAUGAACAUCUGGAAGGAAGCGGCCAACAAGAUACACAAAUGAUGGGAGAAAACAGUCCUUUAUCAAAGGAGUACUACCAUAGGAUAGGCCCAAGGAGAGAGAGAAGUGAUGAUGGAUGGGAGGAGCAGCUCGGAAAGGGUGGGGCUCGAGGAAAAAAGGGCAAAAGUCGCAAGAAGCUUCCGGAAGAGUGGGCAGUCACAGCUGAACCAUUUGUUCCUUCUUCCAUGCCAACUUCCCAACUUUGUGGGGAAACGGUGAUGGAUGUAGAGAGUGCUAGUCAAUCAAACCUCAAAGAAACAUUAGUGGACACAGGCACCACCCAGAGUUUAUGGAACAAGAACGACUUAGAGGAAGGGAUGGGGCCUGUCUCUCAGUUCCAAGAAGCUGUGUCUCCAGUUGCUGCUACCAUCAAUCCAUUGGUCUUUAAUAGUGAGUUGAAAGCAACAGCAUCUCCAUUCACAAUGCCAUCCUCUGCCACCAAAGCAACCCUCCCUGGUUUUCCUCCCAUUGAUGAUACAUUUGAACUCUUGAUGGACACUGAAAACGCCAGCUUGGGUCACAGCAGUCAGGCUUUUUCUCCUCCUUUCUCUCCUGAGGAUAAAGCAGGUGACAUAAUGGACAGCGGGGUCUUUGACAAUUCAACUUCUUUUCAAAAUUUUUCUGUUCAAGGCAUGCCUGACAUAGACACCUCAGCUUUCAGCUCUGAUUCCCAGGCUAGCCUAGGUCCUUCUCCUCAAGGUGAGUUGUUGGCUUCAGCCCCACCUCUGUCACCGUCAGAUACCUCGUGGCUGCUGAACAGCUCCCAUCGCAACAGUGAGUCAUUUGACUUGAGUCAAAUAGAGGCCUUAACACAUCCUUCACCCUUGGGUCUAUCCUUUAACACUCCAAGUCCAGCACCCCUGCGAUCCCCUAAAACAACAGCACAAGAAACACAGUCAAAAGAGCAAAAAGGUGUCGAAUCAAGCCAAAAGAAGUCGCGCUCGUCAGUAUCGUCUACUAAAAGCCCUACCACCCCUGACGCAAAGAGCUGCUCCCCACAGGCCUCCCACAAUCUAACUCCAUCCUCACCUCCAUCUGGCUUCCCACUCGGACUUCACGGGUCUGGUCUCAACCCUGCAGCUAAGCCUUUCUUUCCCAGCUUUGUUGAUCCAGUGGAUACACCAGCUGUGACCCCUCCAGUUGUCCCCACCAUGGAAGUAAAGCCUGAAAAUAUGGAGAUGGAAGAAAAAAGCGAGGGACAAAAUGGGGAUGUGAAGAAAGUGGAGUCGUCUGACCAAGUAGAUGCAGCUGAACAGAAAAAAGGCAAAGAGGAAUUCACAAAUACUGAGACUCCAGCCAAAAUGGAGAAAGAAGUAGAAGAGGAGAGGGUUGAACAGGUUAAAGAUGAGAAACAAUCAGACAAACUCACAGAGGCGGAGAAAGAAGCAGAACAGGUGGAUCAGAAAAAGGAAACGGCAAGUGUCAAAGAGAAGGAAACAGAGAAAGUUGUGGUUGUUCAGGAAAAGCAAGAAAAACAGGAGAAGAUCCUGAAGACAGAAGAAGCUGCAGUCAAAAUGGAUGUGAUGGAGAAGACUCCUCAAAAGCCUGAGGAGGUCAAUAAAGACAUGAAAACAGAAGAAAAAGCUUUGGAUAACAAAAGUGAGGAGGUCAAAGUGGAGAACCACACCAGUCAGAAGGAGCAGAAAACAGAGAAGGAACGUGGAGGGGAGAACAUCGAGCUGCCCGGCAUGAUAGAUAUUGUCUCUGUUAAUACUGAGAAGAAAGAGGACACCCUCAUGAAAAUGACGACAGAGAUGGAAGACACCAAGACGAUAAUGACAACAGAGAUGGAAGACACCAAGAUGAAAAUGACGACAGAGACGGAGGAUACCAAGAUGAAAAUUACAACAGAGAUGGAAGACACCAAGACGAAAAUGACGACAGAGAUGGAGGGCACCAAUAUGAAAAUGACAACAGAGAUGGAAGACACCAAGACGAAAAUGACAACAGAGAUGGAGGACACCAAGAAAGAAAAGACGGACACCGAAGCAGCCAAAGCAUCCCAGAAGGAAGCUACAGCAAGUGAACCUUCUGAGAAGUCUGAGGUUAAAGUGCCGCAGACAGAGGAGAAAAAGGACAAGCAAAAAAAAAUCCAGGCAGAAAAAAAGUUGGCAGAGAAAAAAGAUGAGAAAAAGGAGAAGUUCGUCAAAUCGGAAGGAGAGAAGAAUAAAAAACCAGCAAAACCUGCAGCGGGUGGAAGCAGCAAAGACAACGCAAGUGCUGACAAGAAGACCAAGCCUGCAGCUGCAGUGACCAAACCAGGCACCGCCGGCAAAAUGAGGCCGAGCUCUGCGGUCGCCGGGGUUUCACUCACAGCCAGUAAGCGUCCCACUCCUUCCCUCACCACCAGUACCUCAGACAAAAAAACAGCAGCACCUAAGACUACAUCCAGCAUUGUUGCUGGGCCCAAGCGGCCCACUGCCGCUACCAUCAGUCGCCCUUCCUCCUCCACCACAUCACGAGAUCUUAAACCCAAGCCUUCACAUGCACCCACAGAGAAGGGCCCUCCGCUCGCUAAACCCAGCACUGCUACCUCAAGUAAAAAUGCCCCCAGUGCUGCCACCAAAAACGGAAUCACAGCAGCCAGUAAAACCACUACAACAGUCCGUACAGCCAUGUCUACACGCACAACUACGACUGCUACUAAUGCUAAAAAACCUCUGGGCUCUAAAACUGCAGAAUGCAAACCAGGAGAAGAGAAGAAACCAGGCAGUCUGAAGACUUCUGCAGCUGAUUCUGCCAAACCCAAGACCACCACCCCCAGCACAGCCUCCACCUCUGCUGCCGCGGCCCGCACUCGACCCACAACGGCCAAACCGUCCGCAUCCUACUCCACCAUGGGCGCAGUACAGGAUAAGAAGCCACCAGUGCCACGACCCCCUCGCGCUCCUGCUUCAACCGCAACAGCAACUGCUUCAAAGCCCGCCGCCCGACCUGGCUCAGCAACAGCUCCCGACAUCCGCAACCCUCGCUCCAAGAUCGGGUCCACAGAGAACAUGAAGCACCAGCCUGGUGGUGGGAAGGUGUCUUCUGCCUCUCAAAGCAGGACCACCACCUCCAAAGAAACCAACCUGAGCAAAGUUCAAAUAGUCUCCAAAAAGUUGGACUUCAGCCACAUCACCUCACGCUUGGGCUCCAAGGACAAUAUGAAGCAUGUUCCUGGUGGAGGGAAUGUGCAGAUUCUCAAUAAGAAGGUGGAUGUCAGUAAGGUGACGUCAAAGUGUGGCUCCAAGGAAAACAUCAAGCACAAGCCAGGUGGAGGAGCUGUCAAAACUGAGUCGCGCAAAGUGAACAUUAGGGACAAGGCUCAGUCAAAAGUGGGCUCCAUGGACAACGUGAGCCAUUCCCCUGCUGGACAUGAUAUCAAGGCUGAGGGGUCCCUGGAGAUCACAGAGGGGAGUGCAGCUGCCCAGGCUGGACUCCCUGCCUCUGCCCCUGAGCCAGGGCAGGCCGGGAGUCCAGCCACCCACGAGAACGGGCUAAAGGAAGGAGUCCCUGAUGAUGGUGUGGGUCUCCAGGAGGUAAAGGUUCUGGACUCGCUCAUCCCGGAGACAAGCAUCUAAUUCUGCUAACCCUCUCCCCUUCCCCUCCUCCUCCUCAUUUCAAUCCCCCCCCCCCCCCCAUCGACACCCACGCCUCUCCCUAACCCUUCUCUUCCUGUUUUUUAUCUUUUGUCCUCCCUCUCUGCCUCCCCUCCCUAUCCCCCCAAAAACUGUCUGCUGCAGAUUGAGUCUUUCCAGCUCAACUUCUGCGAGAACGCUCGCUCUUGCAUGGACCACGGCGCCAACAUCGUCAUCUGCCCCACCCCUCACCCCAGGGCAACAGCAACAGACUCCGCCCACAUGGCCCCUCCUCCACAACCCCAUCAUCUCUCCAUCAAACAAGUGUACAGCAGGCUGCAUGAUCGCCUCCUCCAUCCUUUAUCUGCUGCAGCUCCUGGUGGAGGUCCAUGGGGGGGCAGCAUCUCCCAAUCUUGUGAACCUCCUUCAUCUUAAAUGUGUUGUGAACUUUUUUGAAAGUGCAGUCGUUCCCCUCCUGCGUUUUCCAUGUUGGUUUUCAGUUUUCCUUGGCUUCACCCAUAGAGCAGUGACAAAACCUGCGUGAUCCUCAGUGAUAUCAGCAACACUCACAGCUUACCCUCAGCUUUCAGUGCUGCCUGUUCCCAGUAGCCACCGUGAAACCAUAGUGAUGGACAUUACAGCUCAUUUUCCCUACAAAAAAAUGAAGGUUACGCGAAUCCUUUUAGGCUCUUUCUUCUCUGUGUUUGUGAUGAUGAUGUGUUGGAGUGACAACUUUUGCGUAGAAAAGAGAGCUUUAGCUUUAUGUAUUGAUCUCUGUUUUUUCCCUUAUUGAUUUAUUUAUUCAUUUGUUCUCUAAAAGCAAUAGAGCGGGUGGUGAAGUAUUCUCCAGUUGUACUCAGAAAAGCUGGAAAACACGCACAGGUUUCUGCGACACACAGAGGAGAAGGUGGUUCCAGUCAGAGCCAGGCAGCUUGGUGACUGCAGAAGAAAGAAAUAAGAAAGUUUGUGUUGUGCCUCGAAUGUAUUUGAGAGGAAGGAGGGAGAUCAGGAAGUGUAGGCUCUGUCAAGUGUGUCUCUUACGUGCCUCGCGUCGGUCUUACCUGAAAACCUGAUGGUGAAGGUUGGUGCGCAGCCUCACGCCUAGAUAUGAGCCGAGAGAGGAAAAGGCUGGCGGGUUCUGUCAUGAGGGUAGUGGAUGGGUUGUUCUGCAGCCAUAAGUGUUCUUUGUCAGUGAUGGUUGCAAGGUAGACGUGAUGUGACUGAAAGAUUUCCCUCAUAGCAACCGUCACCUCCAACUACUGCCUUUCAUCAUGCAUGGCUAGAUCUUCUGAACUGACAGUUCUUGAUGACUCUGUAUUGUGACAUCAGUUGUAAAAUCUCAAAGGGCAACUUGUUUUUUUUUAAGUUGUUUUUUUUUUUAUGUAGAUGCCGCCUGCAGUGUCACCUUUAAACCAAUUGCUCCUAACUUUGCAUGUAGUCAAGAAAAAAAGGUUGAACUGAAGUUAUACCUUUGAAAUGCACGAAAACACGCAGUGUUUUUUGUUGUGUGAGACAACAGAAGUUUGACCCAACUCCAGCGAGUAGAAAUACAGCUCAAUCCACUGUUCCACAUCUCACAGUCUGAACACCUGAUACAUGAUGUUGUACAUCAACCUGAAUAUCAGGUAAUAAAACAAAAUUCUCAACCUACUUAAUCACUUUUUACUGAAACAAGGGCAGCAACACUAGAACCCAGCUCCAUCCCAGCUGUUAAUAAAACUCCAUAAACUUCAGUGAUGUGAGAUGCUAACCCAUAAGCAAACAUGGCUGUCAUGCAGGUUCACUUUUCAUUGUAGCUCCAUUUUUGCACUAAUAUUCCCCCUAUUUUUUAUGUUUUUUUUCUUUUGGCGUUAUGCUGACAUCUACUGCUGAGUUGGCAAACUGUUUGAUGACAGGACUACUUUCUGUCUUUCCCAAACCAACAGGUGUUCAAAAAGACACUAUACAGCUGUCUGAAAUUAAAAAAGUGUAGUAAUCUACUUUCUGAUAAAUUUUCAAACUAAGGGUGAAUCUAAACGGAUUAAAUAAUACUGACAAGGGACACAGUCUCAAACUCCAAAUCCCUUUUUUUAACUGCUGCUUACUGAAUGGAAAGAACCUUGCUACAAACUGAACCGCACCUUAAUAUAUCAGCUUUAUUAUAUCAAAGAGGGCUGAUAUCUAGCUGUAAAAGUACCUUUAUGAAGACAUAAUCCAAUGUGAGCUUUUUGCAUGAAGCUCUUCACUUUGUUUUUGCUCACACUGAAAUUCAUUUAAAAAACAUAUAUUAAGAUAUUAGUAUUUUAUUCUUAUGUUUUAACAGAAUCGGGCAAUAAUUAGUAUUAAUUGUUCUACGAGUUUUUCAAGUUUUUUUGCUUGUUUUCUAAGGAGAAUUGGAUGAUUAGUGGAUUUCUCCAUUUUGCUGCCCACAAAUGAGUUGAACUUCACGCGUCUCCUGGUUGAUGCUGAGCUCCUCCUUAUCGCCAUGAAAUUCCAAAAGAAAAUGAAAUGCUGCAGCAAAAGGGUUGGGAAGGGGGGUCUAGGUUGCUUUUGUUUCUAUGGUUUUAAAGGGGAGGAGGGGUUUUUAUCAUGACUGUUAUGGCUGUUAAUUAUUCUUAGUAUGAGAAAUGCCUUUUUCCUUUGAAAGGCGCCACUUUCUUCUUGUCGAUGCAACACUUUUUUUUUUGGUUUUUUUACAUGUAUUUAUGGUUGUGUUCCUGCAGCCUUGUGCUGGGCGUGCUCUCGUAGUUAAAAGGGCUGCACCUGCCUCUAAAGUAAAGACUCCUCCAACCCCUAGAAACUGCUACAUUGGAACAGCGGCAUUCAAACCUGGCAAUCUAGACCAUUUGUGUCCCAAUAAGCCCACAGAUCCAGUCUUAAGGCCGAAAUAAAACUCUGAGGUGGGAAUCGGGUUGGCCUGGUUAAGGAUGCAGUGGCUUGUGCAAGUUCCUUUUGACUCACACAAGGCUGCUUGAGAUUAAAAACCUAAGGGAGGGACUCUAACACAUUUUAGCUCGACUGCUACAAGACUAACUGCAAGUGUCCAGUUUGUGAUGAAUGCUGGUCAUGUGAUGCUUCAUUUGUUGUUGGCACACGUGUAACACUAGCUCUUGAGCACCUUCUAAACCUGCAGAGCAUGCUUACAACAAUGGGUUGUGUUAGGUAGACUGUCUAUCAUUUGCAAACCCUCCUUGAAGUUUUGUGUGGGUUUACUUUUUUAUUUUAAGUUUCUUUCCUCUUUUUUGGAUUGGGCUAAAGUGUUUAUUGUGAUUACUUGUUAAUUAGUGAUGUGAUUAUUAAACAUGAAAUAAAUUGGACCUUAAACUCA